GAAGAUCCUUUUGGCCGUAAAGAUGAAGACUCUACUUUUUCUGGUGCUCAUCUCUGCCUGUGGGGCUGAACCUCAUCCUGGCAACUCAAGUCUGGAGCAUGAAAGAAUUGUUCACAUUCAAGAAAACGGGCCUCGUCUCCUGGUGGUAGCAGAGCAAGCCAAGAUCUUCUCCCACCGUGGCGGCAACGUGACACUGCCAUGCAAAUUCUACCACGAGCACUCCUCCUCCGCCGCCGCCGGCUCAGGAGCACACAAAAUCCGCGUCAAGUGGACCAAACUCACCUACGAUUACCUCAAGGAGGUGGACGUGUUCGUGGCCAUGGGGCACCACAGGAAGAGCUACGGGGGCUACCAGGGCAGGGUGUUCCUGCAGGAGAGCAGCGAGAACGACGCCUCGCUCGUCAUCGCCAACAUCAGGCUGGAGGACUACGGCAGGUACAAGUGCGAGGUGAUCGAGGGGCUGGAGGAUGACACGGCAGUGGUGACCCUCAAUUUGGAAGGUGUGGUGUUCCCCUACUCCCCGCGGCUGGGGCGGUACAACCUGAACUUCCACGAGGCGCAGCGGGCGUGCGCGGAGCAGGACGCGGUCAUGGCCUCCUUUGACCAGCUCUACGAUGCCUGGAGGUCGGGGCUGGACUGGUGCAACGCGGGCUGGCUCAGCGACGGCUCCGUGCAGUACCCCAUCACCAAGCCCAGGGAGCCCUGCGGGGGCAGGAACACCGUGCCCGGCGUCAGGAAUUACGGGUUCUGGGACAAGGACAAGAGCCGCUACGACGUCUUCUGCUUCACGUCCAACUUCAACGGCCGCUUCUACUACCUGAUCCACCCCACCAAGCUGACGUACGACGAGGCCGUGCAGGCCUGCCUGAAGGACGGCUCCCAGAUCGCCAAGGUGGGGCAGAUCUUCGCGGCCUGGAAGCUGCUGGGCUACGACCGCUGCGACGCGGGCUGGCUGGCGGACGGCAGCGUGCGCUACCCCAUCUCGCGGCCGCGCAAGCGCUGCAGCCCCAGCGAGGCCGCCGUGCGCUUCGUCGGCUUCCCCGACAAGAAGCACAAGCUCUACGGGGUCUACUGCUUCAGGGCCUACAACUGAGAGGGUACGCCCAGAGCGUGAAAGUUUUUUGGGGUUUUUUUUUUUUUUUUUUAAGUGUGACAGAUGUCUUUUUGUUGUUGUUGUUUUCUUUUGGGUUUUUGGGGUUUUUUGGGGUUUUUUUUUUUUUUUGGUGUGAACUCAUGCAAGCUGCCAAAACUGUGAUAAACCUCUUUUACUUACUGUAAAGAGUCAUUUUCGUAGACACUCCCUCCUCCAAACCCGUUGGUUUGGUUUUGGGUUUUGUUUUGUUUUAGUGUUUUGCUUUCUUGAUUUUUUUUUUUUUUGUGAGAAUAUCAUUCCAUAGAUAUUUUAAAUUAAUAUAAUUUAAGGGGAGCUCUAGGUAAGGAACUUUUUAGAUUCAAAUUCUUUAAGCUAUGUCAUCCCAAAAAGAUUAUAAUUUUCGUGAAUGGGGCAUGCAAUAGAGCUUGACAAUUGCUAGGGCACAAUUAUGGAGUGUAAGGCUACUCAAAGCAGAAGCUUUUAAAAGCACAGAUUUUACAUAUUUGUACCAGUUUGAGAAACACUGCAAAUUGAUUAUGAUAGGAAUUUUAAAAUAAAACAAUCUUUUUGUUAAAGGGGAUCAGUGGGGUUUCGGAAAGAAAUCUCACAACAAUAUAUGUUAGCAAAUAACUGUUUUCACUGGUUCACAUGGGAACAACAGAGAGUUUAACAAAAGCAGCUAAAAUGGUCCACAAAAAUAGGACUGGUUUUACGAUUUCAAACCUUGCCUUUCUGAAAAAUAAGCUCAUGGUCCCAUGCAUAGGAAGAAGCACAAUUAGUUCUCCUGAACAUUUCAAUUGUGUUUUCGUUGUGUAUAAAUCAUUGAGUGAAUAAUUAACUGAUGAAAAAACUCUUCUUUUCUUCUUCUCUCCAAUUAAAGAUGCCUGAAAAGUGUUGUAUUACCUUUGAGUAGCUUUACUGAGCUAUUUUUAAACUCUUAAAGGCCAUUUGCUAAGCAGCAUAAUAGCAUCUACUCAGGGCAGUUGUAUAAAUGAACUGCUGGACAGAGAAAUUGUAAACUUUAGCAGCUUGAUUUUACAUUAGCCUUUGAAAUGUUAUUGUCUUAAUUAAAGAACAUUACAGUAUUUAAUAUUUCUUAGCUACUUACACAUCACAAGAAACAAAAAUUAGAAAAAAAAUAUUUUAAAUUGUGAAGUCUUAGACUAUUAGACAAAAUCUGAAACCAGCCAUUAAGUUUUAGAAGAGAAAAAGGAAAAAACACUUAAUUUCCUUACAUCUUAUUUGUAUCUAAAAAAUACAUCUGUUUUUUAAACUAUCAGUGAGAUAAUAUAGUAUCACUAGCCCUGAAUUAUUUAGUUAGUCCUCCUUAGAGUUAAGAGAAAAUAAAACUAUUGAAAUACUUCUUUUCACUAAAUCUGCAGUGGUCUAGGUGGAAGAUGUUUACCUAAAUCUGCCAGUGUCAGAGAAAAACACGCACUGUGCAUGGUGCCUAGGAUUUUCAGAGCUGCCUAAAGCACUAGGUCCUCCCUAAGUACCAGUUUGAGGGAAUUUGGGAUUUCUAAUGCAAGCUCACUUUGGAUGCAGCAAUUCUUGGUGCUCAUCUUCAGCUACCUUAAUGCAACCAGUUUUUCAGAGAGCAGGUGCUCGAGGCUUUCUGAAAAUUUACUCCACUCAUGGUGUCUCAAGCUGGAUAUCAAAAAAAAUAAUAAUAAUUAAAAAAAAAAAAAAGGCAGAGAGGCCACUGAUUAAAAAUAUCUUGGUCUCGGGUAAUCUAUUCAGCAUUUUUUGAUGUUCUCUAUCCAGUAUUGGUUCUACCACUUAAAAAUGGAGAACUCUUUUUCCUACUCUACUCUUGCUGACUACGAAGAACUCAGAGGACCAACAUUUGUAUUUACACCAAGUUUUAUAGCUGCCCACUCUUUCCAUAAUUUAAACGAGGUAUAGUGGUAUUUAUCCAACUAGGACACAACCUGUAUGCUUUCAUGGAUGGUUUGGUGUAGCUAUUUUCCCAUGGAUGUGAGUAAAUAAAUCUCUUUCCCAGAGUGGUUGUGGUCCAUUUUUAAGACUCUGUGAGCAAGCCAGGGACAAGGUAUGGAAAGGGGCUGUAGCGUAAGGUGUAUUUUAUUGGAGUUCAUUCCCACUGAACUCAGAAGCAAAUUUCCAUCCAUCUGGGGAUAUUUGCAUCCUCUGUGUUUAUCUGUUCAUACUUUACUGAUGGAGCAAUCUCAGUGCCAAACCCCCUCCUUUUUUUUUAAUCCACAAGGAAUUGGAUUUUCUCAAAACGGUAUCCCUUAGCUAUAAAUAGAGACUUACUACAGAUCGAGUCCCUAAAAUCAUGCAACCUUUCUUGAACAGCCAUUUUUAAAUCCAUGCCCAUUUCACACAUUUUCUCUGGCCAUUCAGAGCCUUCUCUGAAACCUUUGGAGAAAAGCAAUGGAAAUGGAAAUAGAAAUGUUAAAUACCCAACAAGGAAAAGGGUAUGCAAGAGUGGACCAUGAUCAAGAAGAAUACAUGUCAUUCCUUCAUCCAACCUUCAGAAAAUUUGAAAAAAUGCAAAUUAUUCCACAGUUUUUCUUCUGCAGUUUGGACAGGGAGGUUGU